AUGCUGACUUUCCACAACACGCCGCAAUCUUUGAAAAAGGUCCUCCCUGGGCUUUUCGAAAGAGAUAAACUCUUCGUCUAUUACCCGGUCAAAUUCGAGAUCGAGGGAAGAUUUCCCACAACAAAGGCUUUGCUGCAUUCCGGAACGACCGAUGACUGUACCUAUUAUUUUCUCAACCACAAACACACCUAUACCAAGUUAGUUCUUUCAAAAUGACUUCUUCUCAAUCUUUUGUACUGGGAAUAUUCUCAGUGACCACUAUAGAGACUCGCCAAGGAGUGCUUGGAGAGGAGGCUAAAGAGGCCACUAAACCCACCUCUAUAGUGGCCACUAUUUUCCGUUUUAGUGGCCACUUUAGAGGUUCUAUAUUUAGUGGCCACUUGAGUAGUUUUCAUCCAGUAUUCCUUCCAGUAACUCUGAUAAUUUUGAAACAAAGAGAUUGGACCAGUUAUGUUAAUCCAUAGACCCCUAUAGUGGCCACUAAAAUUUUUUGUGGUCUAGUAGUAGCACGAAAAAUUGGAUGAAAAUUCCUGCGCAGCAUUGUUGAAGUAUCUCCUCAGUUUACGGUUUCAAAAUUAUUUUUUAAGUUCAAAAUUUCGUUAGGUAAUAGUGAGUUAGGAUUAAUAGAACUUUUUCUACUCCUAAAAUUUUAGUUCUUCAUUUAAAUUUAAGUAUUCACUUGAAAUGGCUCGAAGCGUUGCGAUUACGUUGCGGUUUCCAAUUUGCUUUUUUGGCAGCUAUCUAUGAUGCUUUUCAAUGGCUACAAGCGCAAGUCUUUCUAAGUCGGGCGCUUUUUGAAGAAGCCGUUAAACGUCGAGCCAUUCCAAAUGCGGCCCUGGCAAAUGAUCUAUCUUAUUCCAGAGACCAACACAUGAUGCUCUUUGACGGCGACUUCAAUGGCGACGAUUUCACAUUAUUUUUCCACGAGUACUGUAAAAAGUAUGAUUUCUACAAAAACAUGCCCUGCACCCUGGCUGACGAACGUCUGACUCCACUAGUAUUUUAUAAAACCGAUUUUUUGAAAAAAUGAAAUUUCCAGAUUUUGGAGCAUUUCGACGCGCAAAACGUGAAGUACAAUGUGGAAAAGUUCCCUUUUUACUUCUUUUACAUGACGGAUGAGAUGAUUGAGAAUAUGAGACAUGAGAAACUGCCCAUCUUGCCGGAGGGGUUUAGAUAUGGUUGGUUUUUGGAAAAGGUUCCAAUUUAUGACUGAAAAAUAAAAGAAAAAACUUUGAUGUUUCUUUAAAUUAUGAUAAAACUCGCUAAUUGUUGUUUUUUUCAAUACUUCACUCGCCGCUAUUUGAAACAAGAAAUACUAAAAAAGUGAAUAAAGAUUCUGACCUGUCUGGGCCCUCUUUUCUCUCACCGGCCAAGAGAUAGGAAUAAGGAAAUAGCAUGUAAGCAGGAGAGAGUACAGAGAAAUCAGACUGCUUUAAGUCUUGGCGAAGGAAGUAUGACUCUCAUGUGUAAAUUAUUACUAAAAUCAGAAUUUUUGUUAAAUUAUACCUCCCAAAGUUUGAUCAAAAUCUCAAAUUUGGAUACUUCAUUUUUUAUUCAUUCUUUUUUCACUUUCCUUCGCGGCAGCUUGAAUCAUUCUAACCUCUCUGCGCCCUCUUUUCUCCCAUCAGUAAAGACAAGGGAGAAAAAAGGAGACAGUAUGUAAGCGAAAGAGGGCGCAGAGAAAUCAGACUUUUCCGAGUCGUGGCGAAUGGAGCCUUAAAAUUAGGAAAAUCACUGUAAAUUGAGUUUUUUUUUCAGACAAGGGAGGAAAAAGGAGACAGUAUGUAAGCGAAAGAGGGUGCAGAGAAAUCAAGACUUUUUCUUGGCGGAGGAAGUAUGACGUUCAUAUGUAAACUAUUACUAAAAUCAGAUUUUUUUUCAAAUUAUACCUUCCAAAAUUUGAUCAAAAUCUCAAAUGUGGAAAUUUCAUUUUUAUUCACACUCCAUCCGCCGCAGCUUGAAUCAUUCUAACCUGUCUGCGCCCUCUUUUCCCUCAUCAGGAAAGACAAGGGAGAAAAAAGGAGACAGUAUGUAAGCGAAAGAGGGCGCAGAGAAAUCAGACUUUUCCGAGUCGUGGCGAAUGGAGCCUUAAAAUUAGGAAAAUCACUGUAAAUUGAGUUUUUUUUUCAGUCUUCAUCCAGUUUUUUGUUCAAUAUGUUUCAUCACUAUCAAGAGCCAUUUUUAAGUUAUCAAUUCUCUUUUUUUGGGAGGUGCGUUUCCCUGGAGCGUCGUACAAAAAAAACGAAGAAAUUGAACAAAACAGAAUUUUUUUGGUUUUUAGGUUCACCAAGGUUUCGGCAUAAAUUGUAGGUUUUUUUUUUGUCAAACUUGAAAGGUCUGGAAUUGAUUUCAAGGCAGCGGACUUUUACUGACUCUCAUAUUUUUCAAAGAUGUAUUUCUCUUUAGAACAUUUUUUUUUUCGUUUUUUAGGUCUAAGUUAGUCGUUUUUGAUUAAAAGGCCUUGGUUUACUGUUUUUCAAGCGUCGCGGUCGCGUAGCGGCUAACAUUUUCUUUGCAGACUCGGUGAACGCGAAAGAAGACGCUGAACUAAUGUUCAAGUACUGGGAAUGGGCGGAAGAAGGCGGCCUCGAAUAUAUUCGGUACCGGGAAAACCAUCGAUUUCAUCGUUUGAUCUGUUGGUUUCAGCGAAACGUUACGUCGUUUCCCUUCAGUUUGCAUCAGAAAAGGCAGGGAAAUCGUGGCGUUUGCCGCGAUCGAAGACUACGCCAGCGUCGGCAGAUAUUUCGUCUUUGAGGUUUCGAAAAAAGUGAAGAAGAAUUUGAAAGUUUAUAAAUUUAGGAAUACCGCAAUCGAGGUUUCGGAGCUGCGAUUGAGAAAGCAAUAGUUUCACUUGCUAUUAGGUACAUUUCUUUUGACUUGAAGCUCCGUGGUCGCAUUUGGAAUGGCUUGUCGCGGGCGGUAUCAUGGGCGACUCCGCCAAAAAAUACCGCAUUUUCGAAACUUUUUUCCAGACUCCUUAGAGUGAAAAAAUUAGAUCCUUUCAAUAAUUAUUAAGUCAUGGUGCGCAAGUCGUUUCGGGUCGGGUGAACCUUCAUUCCAAGCCAGCCAUUCCCCUUGCAGCCAUAGGCUUCCAAUUAGCAGUUCAAAAACGAAAAAAUAAUUUUUUCAGAGAUGGAAUCGUGCCCAACAAAUGGGUGGAAACGACAAACGACCUUGGAAUAAGCUUGACCAAGAAGAAUUCCUUGUUCGAUCAUUUGAAGAAACCCGAUGGAGACCCGCGGCUUCUCGAUUUUCUUAUCUUCACUCCAGCUUCAUGA